AUGAUAAGGAGAAUAUUCGAAGAAGGCCAGAACAAGAUGGCAAAUUUUGUAAUCAGGCAUGUUGCAGACACUGUCAAGCCCCUGAUCAUCAAUACAAUUAAGGAAUGUGAUCAAAAGAAAGAGUCGUCGAGCAUUCCUGCUCCUAUACAUGCUAACACCCUGACGUACCCACCUCUUCUGGUUGGGCAGCAAGUGAGGAAUCAAGCUGCCGCCGCUCCGCCCGAGGACCCGUUAGUUGGAAACGGGAAUGGAGCUCAACAGAUACAAAAAUUGGUGAAGCAAUUCCUGGACCUCAAGCCGCCAAAAUUUUCUGGAAUUGGCGAUCCCGAGGCCGCCACUCACCGGAUAAAGGAACUGGAGAAAGCUUUUGCACUACCGAGGUGCAAUGAGGAGGACAAGGUGACAUUGGCAGCCUAUCGCUUGCAAGGGAAUGCCGGCACCUGGUGGCAAGCUACACAAGGCAGAGUUUUCCCCGAAGGUACGAUCCCGGUGUGGCAUGUCUUCGUGGAGGCGUUUAAUAAUAAGUAUUUCUCCGAGUGUGCUCGGGAGCGUAAGAUGGCAGAAUUCAUGCGCCCGCGCCAAAACCAGAUGUCCGUAGACCCGUAUGAGGCUAAGUUUUCCGAGUUGUCUAUGUAUGCACCUAGAAUGGUGGAAGAUCCUGUGGACGAAACAAGAAGGUUUAGAGAUGGGUUGAAACCAGAGCCGAAGGAUCGGUUGGUGCCGUUGAACUUGAAAGAUUACAAUGAGUUGUACGAAAGGGCCCAGUUGAUCGAGAGAAAUAUGAUGGAAAGGGCUGCUGCAUCCGGAUCACGAUUUGUGCCCUCUGGUAGGAAUGAGCGUAGAUUUGGCAAGAGGCCAAUGUUGGGAGGAAGGUCGACCAUCCCACCUAACCGGAGGAAUGCCGUAGGAAAGCCAGCUCUUGGAAAUGGUGGAAUAUGCCGAUUUUGCAAUCGGAGGCAUGGGAUCGCCCCGUGUCCCUUCGGGAAUGGAGCCUGUUUUGGUUGUGGUCAGAUGGGCCACCAAGUGAGAGAUUGCCCACAGAGGCAAAGAGGAGUUCCGGCGCCAUCACAACAAGGAGGACAGCCGCGUGGGAAUACGCAACGAGAAUUACCGAGCCGACCUCCGGCGCAAGGAAGAGUUUUUGCGGUCUCCGGGGAAGAGGCGAAGGAUUCGCCGACCGUUACAGUUGGGUUGAGUCCGAAAUCGCUGGAAACGGUCUUUAAGAUAUCUACGCCGCUAAAAGAUAGUGUAAUAUCUGCAGUAGGUUGUCCCGAUUGUAAGUUGACAAUAGGUGGUCACGAAGAAGUGAUAGAUCCGAUUGUGCUGGAAAUGUAUAAUUUUGAUGUGAUUGUCGGUAUGGAUUGGCUUACAAAGCGUAGAGCCACGAUGGAUUGCUAUAAAAAGGCAAUUCGGUUUAACCCGCUGAAUGGGGUUAGUUUUGAGUUUGUUGGAAGUCGAGGUGGUACAUCGACUUUGUCAAUCUCGUCAUUGGAAGCGACUCGUUUGUUGGAAAGUGGUCAUCGAGGAUAUCUGGCAACCGUAGUUAACACAUCCGUUGAGGAGCCAAGGAUGGAAGAUAUCGCAAUUGUGUGCGAGUUUCCUGAUGUGUUUCCCCAAGAGUUGCCGGUCCGGCCACCAAAUAGAGAGAUCGAGUUUGUGAUUGAGCUAAUCCCUAGAACGGAGCCGAUUUCUAAAGCUCCGUAUAGGAUGGCGUUAUCGGAACCGAAGGAACUCAAGGUGCAAUUGCAGGAAUUGUUGGAUAAGGGUUUUGUCCGCCCUAGUGCGUCACCAUGGGGAGCACUCGUAUUGUUUGUUAGGAAAAAAGAUGGAUCGUUGCGUGCGUGCAUAGAUUACGCAUGCCUUAAUCAGGUGACGAUCAAGAAUAAGUAUCCGUUGCCAAGAAUUGACGAUUUGUUCGACCAGCUUCAAGGAGCUUCGGUAUUUUCCAAGAUCGACUUACGGACGGGAUACCAUCGCUUGAGGAUUCGGAAGGAGGAUAUACCGAAAACGGCAUUUAGGACGCGUUAUGGUCAUUAUGAAUUUACUGUAAUGCCGUUUGGUCUAACAAAUGCGCCCGUUGCUUUUAUGGAUCUAAUGAACAGGGUGUUUAAGGAGUAUUUGGAUAGAUUCGUCAUAGUGUUUAUUGACGAUAUCUUAGUGUAUUCGAGGAGCUAUGAAGAUCAUGAGCAGCAUUUGAGAACGAUAUUACGUACUCUUCGAGACCAUCCGUACGCCAAGUUUAGUAAAUGCGAGUUUUGGGCGACUCGUGUGGCAUUCUUAGGCCAUGUGGUAUCCGGUGAAGGAAUUUCUGUAGAUCCAACUAAGAUCGAAGCAAUAACGGAUUGGCCGAGGCCUACGACGAUAACAGAGAUUCGAAGUUUCUUGGGAUUGGCGGGUUAUUACAGACGAUUCGUGGAAAGGUUUUCUGCUAUAGCCAUGCCACUAACGCGAUUGUUGAAAAAGGACGUAAAGUUUGAGUGGACAGACAAGUGCGAGCGUGGUUUUCAAGAGCUGAAGCAUAAGCCGACUACGGCUCCUGUUUUGACAAUACCGUCUGGUCCAGGAGGAUUUGAGAUUUACAGUGAUGCAUCACACAAAGGAUUGGGAUGUGUGUUAAUGCAACAUGGAAAGGUAGUUGCAUAUGCGUCUCGUCGGUUAAGGCCUCAUGAAUUGAAUUAUCCGACGCAUGAUCCGGAGUUAGCAACAGUUGUUUUUGCUCUUAAAAUCUGGAGGCACUAUUUGAUUGGCGAAAGAUUUCAAGUGUAUACGGAUCAUCGUAGUCUUAAGUAUCUGUUCUCUCAGAAAGAGUUGAACAUGAGGCGGCGUCGUUGGAUGGAGCUGCUUAAGGAUUAUGACUGCGAGAUUACGUACCAUCCAGGUAAGGCUAAUAAGGUUGCAGAUGCUCUAAGUCGAAAAUCGGUGAUUGCUCAAUUCAUGGUCCAAGAAUGGCGUCUUCUUGAAGAAGUGAGAGAUUUGGAUUUUAAGUUGGAAGUAAAUCGCCUGUCAAGCCUCGUAGCUACGUUGAGAAUUGAGCCAGAAGUGCGGGCGAGAGUUAAAGCCUUGCGAUCGACGGAUCCCGCCAUUCAAAAGAUCCCGCAAGAGAGCUCGGCUAAGCGAAAGGUUGACUUCCAAGCUGAUAUAGCUAAGCACGUAGCAAAGUGUCCGACGUGCCGCCAAGUUAAGGCGCAGAUCUGUAAACCUGGUGGAUUGCUGCAGCCCACCGGAAAUUCCAGUGGAAAUGGGAGCAUAUCACAAUGGAUUUUGUUAUGGGACUCGCCAAGAAGUCGAGAGGUAAUGAUUCCAUUUGGGUUGUGGUAG